AUGAAACAUGGUGGCGCCCCCUGGCAUCAGGAAUGGUUUACCCCGUCCUGUGGAGCCUCAGGCCCCCCCAGGCAUCAGGAUAGGUUUACCCCGUCCUGUGGAGCCCCAGGCACCCCCAGGCCCCCUGGCAUCAGGAAUGGUUUACCCCGUCCUGUGGAGCCCCAGGCACCCCCAGGCAUCAGGAAUGGUUUACUCCAUCCUGUGGAACCCCAGGCACCCCCAGGCAUCAGGAAUGGUUUACCCCGUCCUGUGGAGCCCCAGGCACCCCCAGGCAUCAGGAAUGGUUUACCCCGUCCUGUGGAGCCCCAGGCACCUCCAGGCAUCAGGAAUGAUUUACCCCAUCCUGUGGAGCCCCAGGCACCCCCAGGCAUCAGGAAUGGUUUACCCCGUCCUGUGGAGCCAAAGGCCCCCCCAGGCAUCAGGAAUGGUUUACCCCGUCCUGUGGAGCCCCAGGCACCCCCAGGCAUCAGGAAUGGUUUACCCCGUCCUGUGGAGCCCCAGGCACCCCCAGGCAUCAGGAAUGGUUUACCCCGUCCUGUGGAGCCCCAGGCGCCCCCUGGCAUCAGGAAUGGUUUACCCCGUCCUGUGGAGCUCCAAGCACCCCCUGGCAUCAGGAAUGGUUUGCCCCGUCCUGUGGAGCCCCAGGCACCCCCUGGCAUCAGGAAUGGUUUACCCCGUCCUGUGGAGCCCCAGGCACCCCCUGGCAUCAGGAAUGGUUUACCCCGUCCUGUGGAGCCCCAGGCACCCCCUGGCAUCAGGAAUGGUUUACCCCGUCCUGUGGAGCCCCAGGCACCCCCUGGCAUCAGGAAUGGUUUACCCCGUCCUGUGGAGCCCCAGGCGCCCCCUGGCAUCAGGAAUGGGUUACCCCGUCCUGUGGAGCCCCAGGCGCCCCCAUGA